AUGAACGGGGUAAUUGACGCAGGUGCCCUUCUGCCACAAAUAUUAUGCGAAAGAAGGGUAGACGUAGCGCUCAUGAGCGAGCAGUACAGAAACUUCAAGCCGCCUAAGUGGCUCAGCAAUGCAGCAAAUAUGUCGGCCAUUUCAGUUCCUAGACCAGAUAAAAUCCGCCAAGACGCAAGCGAAUCGGAAAGACAUUUUGUCUGGUUGAAAAGUGGAAGCAUUACGUAUGUCAGCUGCUACUUUUCACCAACCACUUGUAUCGAGGAAUACAGGAGAAGAAUGAAUUACCUCCAAGAUACCAUCAGAGAUGGCAUGGAAGGUGACCUUAUAGUCGCUGGAGACUUUAAUGCAAGAGCAGUAAAAUGGGGAAUGCCUACAAAAAAUUCUAAGGGUCGGGCAGUCCUAGCUAUGGCAGCAAGGCUAGGACUGGUCCUUGUAAACGAAAGAAGGACUACGAUUUUCCGAAGGCCGGGACUUGGCGAAUCAACAUCAGACAUGACACUGUCUUUGGAGAGCUUUGCGCCAAGAGUAAAGGAAUGGCAGGUAAUUAUGGACGAAAAUGGUAGCAAUCACCAAUAUAUCGUCUUUGAAGUCACUGAUACAAUAGACAGAAGAGGUAUUGCACGCAAAACAGGAUGGAAUGUUAAGAAGCUGGAUACAGAACGACUAGCGGAAAAAGUCGAGAAUGUCAUCGCUGCUAUUCAAAGCGAUGAACCAAACCUGAACACAGUAGAAGGAGUACAGAAGCUCACCGAGGCAACCAUGCAACUCCUAAAAACCGCAUGCAAGGCUUCUAUGCUGAGAACAAAAAAGGAUCGGCAAAUGCUAAACUUACUGGUGGAAUGA